UUCAGUUCUAUUUAUAAUUUCUAAGAAUAAGAAAGUUUUUUGGUUUAGUUCUAUUUAUAAUUUCUUAUCGGAGUAGUUUUUAGGGAAAAUUCAAUAAAAAGCCUUUGAUUUUACUGAAAUCUUUCCUUAGUAGCUUUGACCAACCGGGACCUAUCAACAAUCUUCGAUUUUUGCUUGAACAAGGCAGCACAGAAGCCGCCUAUAGCUUUACCAAGUCUAUUGUUCUAUCAAAAUCGUUAUUCUCUACACCCUCUGAUCUCCUUUCUUGUUUCUCUUCAUUCUUUCCUUCAUUACGAUUCAAACUGUCAAACAUGUUAUUUUCUGUUUGUUGCGACUCAAAAAUGCUCGACCAAGCUACAGAAUUAUACGAUCUCAUGAAGCGAGAUGGUAAGCUUCCUCCUCUUGCUUAUUUGAAUGUGUUGCUUAAUUCUUUGGUGGUCUCGAAGCAAUUUGAUAAGGUUCUUGUUUUGUUUACGGAGCUUUUGGAGUCGGGCUUUAGGCCUGAUACAGCUAUGUACGGUAAGGCUGUGCAGGCGGCUAUGAUGGGGGAUGUAAAGAGGGGCAUGGAGUUGCUUGAUUCCAUGACAAAGAGAGGGAACUAUGGUCAAUUUUUUGACACUGUACGAGUUGGAAUCCGAGGUCCUGUUAAGAUGAUUGCAAGGAGCAAAAAUGGGGAACCAGAUGUGCUUAACAAUAUUUCAUCAUACAGAUGGGUUUACAAGACUGGAUUAAUCGGCGUAGAUCAAGGACUUCACCAAUUUCAACCUCGCUAUCUACACAGUUGGAAUCCCGAUAAGCUUCAAACUAAUCGGCCUUUCAUCUGGUACAAGACAAGCUUCAAGGCUCCAUUGGGAUCAGACCCUGUAGUGGUGGACUUGCUUGGACUGGGGAAGGGAGUUGCAUGGAUUAAUGGACGUAGCAUUGGGAGGUAUUGGCCUAAGUAUUCAGCCUCAGAGGAAGGUUGUGAUAUAGUUUGUGAUUAUAGGGGAGCUUAUAAGCCAGAAAAAUGCAAUAUUGGCUGUGGGAAGCCUUCGCAGAGAUACUACCACGUCCCUAGAGACUGGCUAAAAGGAGAAGAUAAUCAGCUGGUUUUGUUUGAAGAACUAGGAGGCAACCCAUCUCUUGUUUCUUUCCAAACUGUCACUGUCGGUACAGUUUGUGCAAAUGCUUAGGAAGGGCACACGUUGGAGUUAGCUUGCCAUGCAGGAAGCAAAUUUUCUGAUAUCAAAUUUGCUAGCUUUGGAUUGCCUGAAGGUGGCUGUGGUCAUUUCAGAAAUGGCGUAUGCCAUUCUGAGAAAACUUUGUCAGUUGUGGAACAGGCUUGUCUUGGCAAUGAAAGAUGUGUUCUUCAAGUUAAUGAGGAUGCUUUUGGAUCUUUACGUUGCAAUGCUGAUACUUACAGGCUUGCUGUUGAAGCUGUUUGUUAGGAUCUGUGAUCUGUUCUCCAUUACAGUAGUGUCAGAAUUCAUGAAUGUAUGGACUCUCUUAGAUUUGUUAGGUUAGAUUUAGAUUUGGUCAGUUCAUGAACUCUGUUAUGUUAGGAUUCUUUUUGGGUAGGAAUAGAUUUGCAAUUCGACUUGGGAGAUAAUAUCAGUUAUGAAAUCUGUCCAGCAGUAUUAUCUUCUUUCUUCUGUUGCUAUGGCUGUGCUGGCAAUUCUGUUGAUUCUAUCUAUUAAUGGAGUUGAAUCUUUACUAUU